AUGACCGCCAAGUUGUUUUUCUCUCUCCUGAUUUUCUCUCUCUUGUGUCUCUCUCGCACAAUCACCGCCCACGCCCGCCCCUUCGUCCUCGUCCUCUCUCAGGAAGAUUUCAAGGACGACGCUCCACCCCCCGAUCCCGACGACAACCCCGAGUGGGACGAGUUCGGCGACUCCGAUCCCCACAAGUCCGAAGAUGAACUGGACCCCGCUUCAUGGCGCCCUAUCUUCGAGCCCGAUUCUGCUCCAUCCUCCUCCACCACCCAAUCCCUAUCGGAAUCGGAGACCGUGUACUAUUCUGGCGUCGGGAAGCUUAUGUCAGGGGAGAUGAAGCUAAUGGAGGAGGGUGCAGGUGAGAUCGAGUCCGCCGCUGAAUGGGGGCACCCGGGUGCCCAAUCGGUGUUAGGGUUUUUGUGGAGGAUUGGGCUUUCGAGAGAGAGUAGCAAAGGGAAGGCAUUUCUUUACCAUCACUUUGCUGCUGAGGGUGGCAAUAUGCAGUCCAAGAUGGCUUUGGCUUAUACCUACAUGCGCCAAGAUAUGUUUGAAAAAGCAGUUAAGCUUUAUGCUGAAUUAGCAGAAGUUGCUGUGAAUAGCUUUUUGAUUUCCAAAGACUCACCUGUCAUUGAACCCGUAAGGCUCCACAGUGGAGCUGAGGAGAACAAAGAAGCUCUCAGAAAAUCCAAAGGGGAAGAGGACGAGGACUUCCAGAUACUCGAGUAUCAAGCUCAGAAAGGGAAUGCUGCUGCCAUGUACAAAGUUGGCCUCUUUUACUACUUUGGCCUCCGAGGAUUGAGGCGUGAUCAUGCCAAGGCACUCUCAUGGUUCUUGAAGGCUGUCGAGAAGGGCGAGCCUCGCUCUAUGGAACUUCUCGGUGAGAUCUAUGCUAGGGGAGCUGGUGUUGAAAGAAACUACACCAAAGCCUUCGAAUGGCUCACCCUUGCAUCUAAGCACCACCUAUAUUCUGCUUAUAAUGGCAUGGGCUACUUGUACGUCAAAGGCUAUGGAGUCGACAAGAAGAAUUACACUAAAGCAAAAGAGUACUUCGAAAAGGCUGCUGAUAAUGAUGAGGUUGGCGGGCACUAUAACCUGGGGGUCAUGUAUCUCAAGGGGAUUGGAGUGAAAAGAGAUGUGAAGUUGGCAUGUAAGUUCUUUAUAGUGGCUGCUAACCAUGGUCAACCAAAGGCAUUCUUCCAGCUAGCAAAGAUUUUCCAUAUUGGGGUUGGGUUCAAGAAAAAUAUUCCCUUGGCUACUGCACUGUACAAACUAGUUGCGGAGCGGGGACCAUGGAGUUCUUUGUCUAGAUGGGCACUAGAAUCAUACUUAAAAGGUGAUGUUGGCAAGGCAUUUAUGUUGUAUUCUAGAAUGGCUGAGAUGGGCUAUGAGGUUGCGCAGAGUAAUGCUGCAUGGAUUCUUGACAAAUAUGGGGAACGGAGCAUGUGCAUUGGUGAAUCUGGAUAUUGCACUGAUGCAGAAAGGCAUCAGCGGGCACAUUCUCUGUGGUGGCAAGCUUCUGAGCAGGGCAAUGAACAUGCUGCUUUACUCAUUGGAGAUGCAUAUUACUAUGGUCGGGGAACUGCAAGGGAUUAUGAGCGAGCUGCUGAGGCUUAUAUGCAUGCCAAAUCACAAUCUAAUGCACAAGCCAUGUUCAAUCUUGGAUACAUGCAUGAACAUGGCCAAGGGCUUCCAUUUGACCUUCAUCUAGCCAAGCGUUACUAUGAUGAGGCUCUAGAGCAUGACCCUGCUGCAAAGUUACCGGUCACACUGGCUCUAAGUAGCUUGUGGGUUCGUAAGAACCAUGCUGACAGUUUCUUGGUCCAUAUGAUUGAUUCAUUGCCAGAAGUAUAUCCUAAAUUAGAAGUUUGGGUGGAGAAUGUGCUUUUGGAGGAGGGAAAUGCCACAAUUCUCACCCUCUUUUUAUGCCUGCUAACUGUGCUAUAUUUCCGUGAGAGGCAACGGAGGCAAGCUGCUGCUGUUGUAGUUGGUGAGGUGGCUCAGCCAAACCGCCCUAAUGAGCUUGGUGUACCUGCACUCAUCUAGUUCCUGGCACUACUAGCUUUGAGAAGGUACAAGAAUACAAGAAGGUGCUAUGAGUGCAAUAUAAUAUGCGGGGUGUCAGGUUUUCUUUCCUUUUCGGUGGAAAUAGUUAUUUAGCUUUAGGGCAAAUUGUACCAUAGGAAAGCUUACAUUGGUGGAAAUAAGUGAAUUUGUAGAUAUUAAUCAUAACUUUUGCAAGGUAGUGGUAACACGCUUUUACACAUUCGUU